UGAUCUUGUUGAGGAACGAGAUGCUAAACACACUUUCAAGCCUGACAAACAUGCCGAUGAAUUUGUGAAAGUGGCUGAUGAAUCUGUGUCAAAAGUCUUAGACUGGUUUAAAAGAAGUUCUGGUACUGAAGAUAGGAAAUCUGUAUCAACUAGAUCUCAAGGCAGGGAACUUGAAGUUGGCUCUUCAACUGGAACAACAGUUCUUCCUACAGAAUACAGUGGAACUAGCGUGGAUGGAAUACCAGAAGCUAUAGAAGAGUUACCAUCUGGAAGGGAUAAACAACUGAAUGCUAUUUCACCCACAACAGUUAUUUCAGAAGAUAAACAGAUGAUAAAAGAGAGGAGGAAACCUAAGCAGGGGGAAGACAAUGAGAAGCAAAAUGACAAAUCAGUAACUGAGCCUGACUGUACAAGAAUCGAAGAUAAAGAAUCGGGUCAAGAAAUCAAGCAACAAAAUCAAAAAUCACAUGUCUGGGAACAUCAUGAACACAAGCUACCAGCUCAGAAAUAUGAAUCGGAGAAGGCAGUAAGAGAAAAAAGAAGAAUAAGGGAAAUUAGAGCAUUCUGGGAAAGGGAUAAAACUAUCCCCAGUCACAGAGAGAAAGAAGUUGGUAUCAAUACUAAUGCAUCAGGUGGUGGUGCAUUGAAAGGUCUCAGAGAAAGUGACAAAAUAAAGCCAACUACAGAACACCUGCCUUAUGGAUUGGAUGAUCAGAGCGAGAAUACACUAAGAAGUGCUGAACUGAGAUGUGCAAAUGUGGCUUCAAAAAAUGAAUGUCAAAACUCUUCUGAGUUUGGAAGAGGGUGUGAGGUUAGAAAACCAGAAGGAACACUUCCAGCUGAUGGUGAAAUUCAGGAAGCCACAACAUUGGCAAAAGCCAGUAACAUAAAGCGUAGAAUUUCUGCCACUUCAGCUUCCCCAGAAAUAAUUAAAGAUAAAGAUGGGAAAGAAACAUCUAAAGGAAAAGUUGGUGCUUGUUCCCAACAGAAGCCCAGCUUCCAGGUUUUUACUUUAAAAGAAAAAACGAAUGAGAAGUCCAAGAAUCAAAUUUCAAAUCCUUCACAGUUUCAGAGUUUGAGAAACUUCUGGGAUGCUGGAGUUAAAUUACAGAGCAGCCUUAACAGGGGAGAUGUUUCUUUGCCAAAUAAUACUGUCCAUAAUAAUACUUCAAUAACCCAUGAAAGAAAAUCAAAGGAAGAUAAGGGCAGAGAUAAUGUGAACAAGCAAGUGUUAAUCCAACAUCAAACACAAGCCUCUGAGAGAGAAAAAACAGAGAAAUUAGAUUCUGUGAUACGUGAACUGCCUCUAGGAUCUCUUACCUUAAAAGGUCUGAAGGUAACACACACACAAAACACAGACUCUGUCCAGCCAGUCAAAAAGCCAGUUAUCUCUCAACCCCAGGAACAGAUGGGUCUUCAAGAGCAUGAAGUUAAAGAACAUAUAGAAAAAAGUAUUGUUUCAUCAAAGGAACAUCCUCUCAGAGGAUCUCAGAAGAUGCAAGCUGGUUUGCAGAACCUGCUCAGAGAAACCUCCGUAUGUCAACCCCCAGAAUUAAGGGUAGGGAUGAAAGCAUCUGAAACAAUAAAUAAUAUAUCACAAACUAAUUGUACUGGAGAAUCAAUAUGCCAGCAAGAUACCAGUCAGUCUGAAGAGGUCAAUGAGACCGCAGAGAGGUCUGUUGCCCCAUCCAAGGUCAGUGGCUUGAGUUCAGCUUUAGAGAAACUGAUGAAGGAGGCCUCUGAAACACCACCUCCUAAACCAAGGCGUGUGGACAGGACGUUACAGAGGACUGCUGAGAUGCAAGUUAAAAGUGUGACCUACCAACACAAUGGAGCGUCAGUGCAGGAUAAGACUGGUGAGACCACAGAAACAUCUGCACUGUCCAAGGCUGAAUAUAAACAACUUCAUGUUAACUUGCAAAAAUUACUGAAAGAGGUCUAUGAGACACCAGGUCCUAUGCUGGAGAACAUGGAUGAAAAGAUGCAAGGUAAAACGUCAUCCAGGCAAAGUAUGUGUCCUCCGUCUCGAGAAGAGAGAGAUCACCCUCGAGAAGUAGAAGAAACAAUAGAAAAAACUUCUGUUUCAAAUACUGCAAAAUUCAGAGAUUUCAGUAGCUUGUUAGAAAGGCUACUUCAAGAAGCAUCUGAAGCUUCGUCUCCGGUAUCGCGGGAGGUACAUAAACAAGAGAAGUCUAGGGAUCGUAUGUUUCCAUUACAAAAAGAGUCUCUGUUCACGACAACGUCACAGCCUUAUCAUAAUGCUUUAACCACUUACCAUACACAGAUGAAGACAACUAUCAAGAGUGGAGCUCCAGAACAAAAUAUCGAGGCUUCAGUAGAUAUUGAAGCCUCUGAUCUACUUAAAAGAAAUGGGGCUCUUAAUCAAAAAGAACAGAGAAACAUGCCAGCAAUAGAUCUUCCCCUGGAAGGAGAGGCUAAUACAGCUGUGAACAGGCCAUUCAAGGUAAAUGCCCUAGGAAGGACAGAUGAAAGCACAUCCUUGGAUGCCUCUGAAAAUAAUCUAGAACUAAAAGAACUGUUGCAAAUGAGAAGAACCAGCACAUCUCUUAAAGAUGAGAGCAAUUCCCCCCAGCCAGGAGGAGCUCGACUCUGCCUGGCCUUUCAGCACGAGGAUAAUGAUGAAGAAGAUGGUGACAGCUCAAAUUUGGGAUCCAGGUUUUCAGAUGAAAACUCUGAUUCUGGAACUGGAAGUUCAACUCGUUCAGAAGAAGACUUAAAUCCUGUUUUGAUGGCUUUGAAAAGGAGUGCAGAUAGGAAAAUGCCUUCCAAAAGUCUAGAGGACAUUCCAUCAGCCACCUCAAAUAAAGGAAAAAUAAAAAUUCCAAAGGAAGAAUUAGCUCUUAGUGCUGAAGAUGGUCUGAAAACUGAUCAAGAUCAAGAGAGGAAUGAAAAUGCAGCAGGAAUCUCCGCAGUGCCUCCGCAGCCCGAUAAGCUGUUUUCCAAUCCUGAAAAACUCAAAGGACUGAGCAAGUCGGUACCGUCGUUCCUGCAGGAAGAGAGUGAUGACAGAGAGACAGAUACAGCAUCAGAAAGCAGUUAUACCCUUGGCAGGAUCAAGAAGAGUCCCAGCUCUCUAACCAAUCUUAGCGGUUCCUCUGGCAUGGCCUCCUUAUCCUCUGUGAGCGGAAGCCUAAUGAGUGUCUACAGCGGAGACUUUGGCAAUGUUGACGUGAAGGGGAACAUUCAGUUUGCUAUUGACUACGUAGAACAGCUGAACGAGCUCCACGUUUUUAUUUGCCAGUGUAAAGACUUGGCAGUGGCAGAUGUCAAGAGACAGCGUUCAGACCCGUAUGUGAAGACCUACCUGCUUCCAGAGAAAUACAAGCUGGGCAAACGGAAGACCUCCGUGAAAAAGAAAACUUUUAAUCCGGUCUAUAAUGAAAUACUGCGGUAUAAAAUUGAGAAGGAUCUCCUGAAGAACCAUCACCUUAAUAUCUCUGUCUGGCACAACGAUACCUUUGGGAGGAAUAGCUUCCUUGGUGAAGUAGAGCUGGAUUUAGGAACUUGGGACUGGAAUGAUAAAUCCAACAAGCAGAUCAACUGGUUUCCACUCAAGCCAAGGACUUCAGCAAUGGCUCUGGAACUAGAAAACAGAGGGGAGAUGAAACUAGCCCUCAAGUAUGUUCCCCAGCCUACUGGAGGGAAGAAGACUCUGCCCACUGGUGAGGUGCACAUCUGGGUGAAGGAAUGCCAUGACCUUCCUCUUCUGAGGGGCAACAGCCUCAACUCUUUUAUCAAGUGUACCAUUCUUCCAGAUACGAGCAGAAAAAGUCGCCAGAAAACAAGAACAGUGGCAAAAACUACAAACCCGGUAUUCAACCAUACCAUGGUCUAUGAUGGCUUUAGACCAGAAGAUUUGAAAGAAGCCUGCAUCGAACUCACAGUCUGGGAUCACAACAAACUUGCCAACCACUUUCUGGGAGGUCUCAGGAUAGGCCUUGGAACAGGCAGAAGCUAUGGAACUACAGUCGACUGGAUGGAUUCCACUUCAGAUGAAAGUGCCCUGUGGGAGAAGAUGAUGAACUUGCCGAACACGUGGGUAGAAGAUACUCUGCCUCUCAGGAUGCUAAUGGUUGCCAAACUGACAAAAUAAGGUGGCUUUUGAAUUGCUAGUGUCAAAAGGACAACUUGGGAAUGGAAUUGAAAGGUGUGGGGGUGAAGCUUGGAAGAGGCACACAGCAGCUCUUUGAUAGUCUCUGUUCUGUUGCUCUUCUGUUCUUGUGCUGUCAAAUGUCACUGCGUAUUCCAAACUAAAAUUCAGCCCGCAGAUGAUUAUGUAAAUUGAAGGCCUUCUUUUAUUUCUUAUUCACUGAACAUGUAUUCAAGUAAGAACCUACUUAGAGAAUUCAGAGGCAGAGGUAGCUGUGAUACUUGAAUGCUUGUGUCGCCAAACUGAAGCGUUGCUGAUUCCUUAAAGCUAAAUUGCCAGGAAAAAAAAGGAAAAGCAAGUAAAUUUUCUGUAUACUUGGAUUGUUUGUGAGAUGUUACUGUUAGUAAGAUAGCAACAGGUUGCAUUUUGUUCAUGCUCAUUGGCACAUUUCUCUGGCUGAAUCCUCAUGAUGCUAUAUUGGAUCUCUCCAGCUAGGAAUACGAGCGUGCAGAUUUUUUUUUAAAGUCCCUUUGUCUGUAGUUACACAUUUCUAUGAUCUGAAAGUUGCUUCUGUCACUAAAGAAGCACUACACGAAAUGGUACUGUUGAUGCCUUACUCUGCAAGGCGUAGAGGACUGUUAAUUCCGAUGUACUAUGAAAAGUUGGGGUUAUAAAGUUUGCUUCUAUAUUUGUGAAUUACCUUGCUAGUAUAUUGAUGACACUUUUAAAUGCUGAAGGCGCAGAGGUCAAAUGUUUUCAUUCAAAUGCUCUUCCCGAGGAUCUGAACUUGCCAGUUUUACUCAUGACGAAUGUUGGGUAUUUAUUUUUGUAAAGUGUACUCAUUGUCUGUACCGAUACCUAUUAUUAGCUUGUAUUUUUGCAAAAGGUAACUUACCGGUUCUUCAGCGCCACCGUUAGGAGAACGCCGGGGUUAUGGCGGGCUGGGUUUAGGCAGCUUUGCGGCAUUUGAAAUGGAAUUUGGCACGUGUGGAAAUGCGUACCACUGAAGGAAGAUAAAUGCAUAAAAUACAAAAUGUAUUACUUUUUUUUUAAAUAAAAGCAGUCUUAUUAAAGCUAA